AUAUUUUUAAACAAACGUUCAACAAAAAGUGUAAUUAUAAUAAUAAUAUUUCUGGCCCUGAUAAUCAAUUGAUUAAAGUUAAAUUAGAACGUUUAGCUGCACUUUCAGUGGUUUACUCACAUUCACAAAUUCAUUUCAAAGAAACACUUCCAUAUAAUACAUACAAUUUGAUUGGUUACGACGGCGUUCGAUGUUUUUUUGUAUUGUCAGCCUUUUUAUUAACAUUUCGUGGGAUUUUAGAAUGGGAAACAUACCUUGAAAAAAGAGAUACUUUAAAAGAUAAAAAACCAGGUAAUCUUGAGCAUCAAAAUGUUAACAAUAAUGAUAAUGUAGACGACGAAGAGAAUACUGCGUCAAAUUUAUCAAUUCCAUUACAUUUAGAUAACGGUGUGAAUAAUGAUAAUGAGAAAUAUAAUGAAACAACUAGAGAGUUGGAUUCAAAUAUAAAACUAGUAUCAAAAAGAAAAGGGAUUUUCUCGAAAUUAUAUGAAGAUGAUAAUUUGACAGCAAUUAAAAUAUGGACCAAAUUUUUUCUACGAUAUGUAGCAUUUGGUCGCAUAGGAGAAAAGCUUAUGAAGAUUAAUGGUUAUAAUGAAAAAAAAGGAGGAUUGAUUGGUCGAGUUAUUGCAUUUUCUAUAAUAUUGUUUGCACGUACAGUUAUUGCAUUCACACUUGAUAAUAGAAAUCCUUUAUGGUUAGAAGGCACAGCUCAUUAUUUUUUGGUGUCAUUAGUAUGUAAUUAUUUUUACGAAAAAUUGCCUACAUUUCACACAACACUCCGUAAAGUAUUUGAUUUAUCUUGUUACAUAAUGUUUAUAAUAAUUUUAUGCACAAUGCCAAGAUUAUCAUCAAAAAUCUUGGGCUAUGAAUAUGAUCUUAAGGUUCUUCGGUUGGAAACAAACGCAGGAGGACUAUUAUAUACAGCUUUAAUCCUACUGGGGUUAUUGUCACGUAAUGAAUCAUUUGUAGAAUUAUUGUCAUGGAAUUAUUUUUGUUUUUGUGGUAAAAUUUCAUUUAGUAUCUAUCUUUUACACCCAAUAGCUUUCAACCUGGUAAAUAAUUAUUUUAAUGAGUAUCUUACAUUUAUUGGUAAUGUUGAAACACUCAAAGAUGUAGACCAAUCGGAUCAAAUUGAAAAAAAUAAUGAUAUGUUUGACUCAGUGAUGUUAAGUUAUUUGGUUACAAUAAUUUUAUCAUGGUUUUAUCACAAACUCGUUGAGUCACCAUUCAUGAAUUUGGCAAAUGCUAUUGCAAGAAAAUGGUUAAAAUAG